AUGGAUGAACAUUCCGAGAGUGCUCUACACUAUGGGCACACAGGAAGGGCCAUAUAUGUGCCCGACACGCGUUCCUGGUCCUUUACACGUUCAUUUAAACGGCCUUCCUUAAUCUCAAAUACCGGCUUGACUCGAACAACCGUUCCGUCACCACUUGCCCCAGCCCAACGUCAACGGUUCAUCGAGCAUCUGCCAUCUGCAGGCCAGGGUCUGAUUCCGAAAGUACUGCCCGAUCUUGCAUCUGAUUGGUCCUCUGUGCGAAAUGAUUCGUUUUCAAGAGCAGUCGCGAAUACAAUCAAGUCUUACGAUCCCCAAGCAUCUACUUUACUCGAUCUUGGAUAUGCUGAUCCCGCCCUGGAGAAUCUGAAUGCUAGGCAGACCGUUGCUAUUGCCGCUUCCGUGACUGGCGAAUGCGGUAAUAUAAUUACCUUCCGCGUAUUGGAAGAAGAUCAUGUCCAACUAGAUGACGACCAUCCACUGCAUAUUCCAUGUAUCGGCGAUGACGAUGGCGAUGAAACCGAAUGGUCGAGACGAGGAGCUCCGAUCCUCCAGGUCUGCUUUGCACGAUCAUUGGAGGAAAGACCACACUGGAUGGCAGCUCGACUACCCGACGUAACAGUCAUAUUUCGCCCUCGUUUAUAUCGUCGUGAGGCUGUGCCGAUAUACGUUCCCGAAAACGACAUUUCAGAAUUUGCAGUUUCGCGGCGGAAUUCCCCGCUUGAUGCAAACCCCGUAUUGGAAAUAUCAAUUAUGCAGACUGGAGGUGCGCAGCAUGCUGACGUUACGUUCAAUCCUUGGUAUCCUCGUCAAUUUGGCAUCAUUGAUACCGAGGGACAUUGGAGUAUAUGGGAGAUUACUGGGCACCCUCGGAAACGGAAGUCGGCUUUUGCGGCGAAAUGUCUGAGGAGGGGCUCGCUGCCUUGGAUGGAUCAGUUUCAGGAUCCGAAUGGUCCUCAGUAUGAUGGGUGGUCGUCGAUCGAGUGGGUCGGUGAUGUUUCAACGGUCCUUGUUUCUGAUCGUCGUUGUGUCAUGGUUUCUCCAAUUGUCGGCGAGGAUAAUCAAGCUUAUCCUGUUGAACUGGGGUUGACUUUACAUUCUGAAUGGGUCCUGGAAGUACUCAGAAGUGCCCAGAAUACAUCACACUUUUUCGUUCUCACCACCACUCGACUGCUCUGGUUUGAUAUGGCAAAUGCACAGCCAAACAGGAGUGGAGAUAUGCAACCUCUACGGGCUCGACUGGCCUGGCGUCACUUCCGAGAUCCAGAGGACCUCACAUUACGUCUUAGUAGUGUGCAGAUGGGGAACACUUUACAGAUCGUUCUUUACUCCCGCCUCACCUCGCUUGUGCAGACAUUUCAAGUUCCCAUGAUCAACGAGGAACAGACAGAGUCUGGCUCUGUAUCCGACUCCGUUAUGCUCGAUAUCCCAUCAACAAUCGAGGUAUCUUCUCUCGGAGAAAUUUCUCACACGCCUUAUUUGACCUUUGUAUUCCGACAAGUCGGAUAUGCUCCCAUCAACCCAGCAAUUACAGAGUACAACACUGACAUGACCCUCGUCAAAUUAUUCUGGUCAGACUCAAAUUUCGCUGUCCACGAAACUCUAUUUCGAAGCGCAGAUGCAAAGAGCGACGAGCAGGAUGAACUUGGCGAGGGGAGCCAUGGAAGUCAUGUCCUGCACUUGAGAAAGAAGCUACCUAACUUACGUUCGAAGUUGAAAGACGACGAUGACGACGAUGAAUUUAUUGUCGAUGAUUGGGAUGAAUCUACGGUUGCUCCCCCACGUGCGGGUAUUCAGAACAGCUCCUCAAGAAAAGUAGAACCCUCAUUCGAUUCGCAAUGGACAUUGAACAUGACCACUAUAUACGAAGCCGUGGUGGCGAAUUUGCUAGCUGGCACAAAUCGGAGUGAUUCCGAGUCGCUUCUACGGCCUACUCUGAGCCAACUGACCAAGGAGUUGCAAAGCAAUACGCUGGGCACGCUCAAAAAGUGGAACUCCACUGAAACAAUGCUCGAGUUAAGCGAUGGCCGGCCCUUACUGGAUGAUAUCGACCAGGGUGCCGAGGAUCUAGCUGGACUAGUCGCAACGGCACUGAGAUUCCAGGAUACCGAAGCCCAGAGAAGCUUUAUGGUUUUGCCGCUCCAUCUCUCGAAACUAUUUCAUGGCGUUCUUAACGUACCCCAAGGUGUCCGCUCCGGAUUGGAUUUCUUGGAUACCUAUAAACAGCUUGUCACGGAUUGGGUCACCAGUCUUCCCCACGGAAUAAAUGGUAUACCCGACCAAACCCGAAUUAUGAAGGAGAAAAUGAUCCGCCAAAUAACUCUCGAUCUCUGCCUGGCACGCCUUAUCCGAAUUUCCAAUACAACCGACCCCAAAGCGACCCAGGCCGGGAUAGGGGCCGUCGAAUCGACGAACCAACAUCAACCUCCCGUGAAACCUACAAAGUCAUCUUCAGGAAAUGCCAUCUCAUUACGUUCCUCUCAGUGGCAGCUACCGAGCAGUCAGAUAUUGCCUUCGCAACAAGACAGCUCGAGUCAGAUACCGCCAAGCUCAACACCCUCCGCACCCUCCGAACCCGCCAAAGAGACCCAGAACAAACUAUACACCAACCUAGCCGCAUUCACAACCCUCCGAGAACCACGACAACCACGAAAUGUAGCAAUGCUCCUCUCACACUGGAAACCAGGUACAGACCCAUCAACCUAUGAAUGGAACAAAACAUCCCAAAUGCUAGAGAACGAGGAAAGUCAAAGAAUGUCCGCACCAGGGACACCACGACGUAGCAGAAGCCAAAGCAAGCGAUCCCGAUCCCGAUCAAAAUCCGUCGUGCCGGAGGCUUCAACUUCGAAUUCAGCUUCAGCUUCGGCUACAAAUGCAAGUGCGAAUGCGAGUGCAAGUGCAACGGCCCUGCCGCCUACCCCCGUCGCACCCAUGAUCCGGGCAAGGGCAAGUCAACCCAGUUGGACGGAGAUGGGGACGGCCUUUACCUCUUCGUUACCGAUGGCUAGUAGUCAGCCGACUCUCGACGAAGCGCCAAUGACACAAAUUGAACGUGGGCGGUUCGGGGCGCGUGAAGGGUUGAAGAAGACGCCUAAGGCGAAGAAGAAGAGGCGGGCUGCUGGAUUUUAG